AUGGAAUGGAUCCCAGCCAAUAAUCCGUUUGCAACCACAGUUAACAAUAUUAAUCAAGACUUUGCUCAGAAAAAUGUCUAUCAAAAGGACGGUGUUCCUUUCUGGCUUCGUGCUGAGCAUGAAGCUAUGCAGAGAAAUCUUGAUGCCUUACAAAAUGAAAGUUUUUUUCUUUUGCAGACAAUCAAUAAAUUUCAGGAAAUAAUGAUUGUUGGGUCGAAUUUUACAGGAGAAGUUGAACAUUCUGGGGCAUUAACAGUCAAAAUGCCAGAUAUUUUUCAGAGACCAUACAUGUUACGCACUUAA